AUGAGGGGAGUUUAUGGGCAGUGUGAUUGGGGUGUGAGUUAUGGCUCUUCACACAUCUGUGCAAUAAAGGGGUCAACAGUGACAAUCUACUGUACUUAUAAAUACCCUACUGACUAUCAGAUCAUGAAAGCGUUCUGGACCAGAACAAAUGGAUGCUAUCCAGAUCUCUUAAUGGACCCUGGAUACAGUCAGAGGCUUCAGUAUCUGGGAGAUGAACAGCAGAACUGCACCAUAAGACUGAGUCAUGUGACACAGAAGGAUUCACAGAUGUACUAUUUCAGAUUCAUAACCGAUAAACCUGAUGGAAAAUGGACCAAUGCUCCAGGAGUGACUCUUACUGUGACAGAUCUUCAGGUGGAGUCUCCUGAGACAGUAACAGAGGGAGAUUCAGUCCGUCUGUCAUGUAAAAGCAGCUGCGCUCUGACUGACAGAGCAACAUUCAUCUGGUACAGAAACUCACAGCCAUUAACUGAAAAAAGAGACAGAAACAAUCAACUCCUGCUGCAGUCAGUCAGAAGAGAGGAUGCAGGCAGAUACAGCUGUGGUGUGCAGGGACACACUUACAUCUCUCCUGCUGUUCAGCUCGAUGUCACCUAUCCUCCACAGAGCAUCUCGGUGUCCAUCAAUCCAUCUGGUGUAAUAGUGGAGGGAGAUUCAGUGACUCUGAUCUGCAGCAGUGAUUCAAACCCUCCUGCAGAAAGCAGUUGGUUUAAAGGAGGAACGUUUGUAGGAUCUGGAAGAAUCUACAGCAUCUCAAAGAUCAGCUCUGAUGACAGUGGACAAUACAAGUGCAAGUCCAGAAAUAAACAUGGAGAGAAAUACUCUGAUACUGUGAUGCUGAAUGUGAUGUACCCACCUAGGAACGUCUCAGUGUCCAUCAAUCCAUCUGGUGUAAUAGUGGAGGAAAAGUCAGUGACUCUGAGCUGCAGCAGUGAUUCAAACCCACCUGCUCUGGACUUCAGCUGGUUUAAAGGAGGAACAUUUGUAGGAUCUGGAAGAAUCUACAGCAUCUCAACGAUCAGCUCUAAUCACAGUGGAGAAUACAAGUGCAAGUCCAAUAAUGAACAUGGAGAGAAAUACUCUGAUAUUGUGACUUUGAAUGUCAUGUACCCACCUAGGAAUGUUUCAGUGUCCAUCAAUCCAUCUGGUGUAAUAGUGGAGGGAGAUUCAGUGACUCUGAGCUGCAGCAGUGAUUCAAACCCUCCUGCAGAAAUCAGCUGGUUGAAAGGAAGAACGUUUGUAGGAUCUGGAAGAAUCUACAGAAUCUCAAAUAUCAGCUCUGAUCACAGUGGAGAAUACAAGUGCAAGUCCAGUAAUGAACAUGGAGAGAAAUACUCUGAUGCUGUGACUUUGAAUGUCAUGUAUGCACCGAGGAAUGUCUCAGUGUUCAUAAAUGGAUCAGGUGAAAUAGUGGAAGGAGAUUCAGUGACUCUGAUCUGCAGCAGUGAUUCAAACCCUCCUGCUCUGAACUUCAGCUGGUUUCAGGAGAGUCAAAGCUCCUCUGUUGGAUCUGGACAGAGUUUCAGUGCACUACAGAGUGGACGCUUCUACUGUGAGGUUCACAAUCAACAUGGAUUUCAGCGAUCAAAAGCUGUUACUGUCAAUGUCAUGUAUUAG